AUGGCAGACGACAUCGCUGUAGAUCCCGAUUACUAUACUUUAAAUGAGGGCUAUAGUCCAGAGGAUUUCAAUUCUGAGACCACUUCUAUUGCUUCAGCAAUUUCCAAAGGCAGAAUAGAAAAUGGCCGAAGGUUAGACUCCGCAUUCACGACAUCAAGAAGCUCCUAUAAUGAACCAAGAGCAGAUACCAGGCCAUGA